UACAGUGAUCUGUCCUGGAACUACAUCAUUCACUCUCACAAAUUUUAUCACCAGUUUCUUGCGAAAAUUUUGGUUUGGGAGGGAAGGAGGACACAGGGAACCGGGUUUCUUCAGUCUCAGGCCAACUGUUACAACAUGAAGCACUGUCUAGUAGUGCUUACCCUGAUCUGUUUCUUUAGGUCUGAACUUAUGGCUUCUGAUGCAACAGAUAAUGGCAAAGGGAAUUGCAAUGACAUCUUAAGUCUAGAGGCUCAACGUGCAGUUGGUGGUGCAGUGGCAAAACUUGGCAUGGAGCUUUUAAAGAAUCUGCAGCCUAGGCCUGAGCAACCAAAUAUAAUUAUAUCUCCUCUGAGUGUCUCUCUUGCUCUUGCUGAGCUUGCUUUGGGAGCUAGGAACAAGACAGAGGAGAAGUUGUUAGAAGUCCUUCAGCCACAAGAGUUGACUAAUUUUCAUGAAACCUUAAGCUGUCUCCAAGAGCAACUAACUGCCAAGGCUGUCAAAAUGGCAUCCCGUCUCUACCUCAUACCAGGUUUUAGGGUGAACCAGGACUUUGCGGACAGAUCUUUGCACUUGUAUAAAUCUAAAGCUGCACAACUGACCUCCAUUGAGGAAAUCAAUCAUUGGGUGGAAGAAGCCACCAAAGGUUGCAUAACCAACUUUAUGUCCAGUCUUCCAACUAAUGUUGUUGUUAUGCUGAUAAACGCCAUUCAUUUUAAAGGGCAGUGGCAGUCUCGCUUUGAUUCAAAGUUUACUGUAAAAGAUAUCUUCUACAUUGACAAAAAAACUUCUGUAAAGGUGGACAUGAUGAUGGGAUCCAAAUAUCCACUCAGCAUGUUUGUAGAUAGAAAGGACGGCACACAGGUUGCAAGGUUCCCUUUCCAAGGAAAUAUAAGUCUUUUGGUGGUAAUGCCAGUGCCAACACAUGGAAAUUUGUCAGCUGCGGCUGCAAAGCUCAACAUAUCAGACCUGUAUGAACAUCUCCCUAAUGAGAAGUCUAUGCAUGUAAAACUACCCAAAUUUAAACUUGAGUACCGACAGGAUCUGCGGCAAGCACUCACAAACAUGGGUCUGGGCUUGCUGUUUACUGGGCCUGAACUCUCCAGAAUUGCACAGGGCCCUUUAGUGGUCUCAGGUGUACAGCAUGCCUCAAGCAUGGAGCUAAGUGAGGAGGGAGCUGAGGCCUCAGCCGCGACCUCUGUUACACUAGUGCGUACCGUUCCUACUUUUGCAGUCAACAUGCCAUUCAUCUUUGCAUUGGUGGAUGAUGCUUCCUUCACUCCUCUCUUCCUUGGUAUGGUCACCAACCCUAACCCUGGAGUGACAGCUGAACAAAGUGAUGAGGCGAAAACUGAAAGCAGUGUGAUACGAACCAAUGCACCCCUGAAGGAUGGAACACUGAGUGAUGGCCCGCAUUGGGAAAACAUGCUAAGUUAUGUGUUAAAUAUGUGGAAGGAAACCGUUCCUCAGCAGUUCCUCGGACAUCAAGAGAUUGUGAAUGGGAACUAAAUUGAGAGAUGUGUAUAGAUCUGUUCAUAUUACAGACUUUGCCCACUUUUAUGUGCUUUUGUGAAAUGCAGGGUGUUGCUGUUUAUGACCUGCAACUAUUGAACACAUGAGAUGACCAUAGACAUUAUUCAGAGCUUAUUCUGACCUUAUUUUGAAUAAGGUCCAUAGUUUGUUUUCUGUCUUACCAAAGACAGUAAAAUUCACUAAGUGGUUUAUGUAUUACUUUCCUAAUAAUUAAAUAAAAGAUGCAGGUGUAUACAGUUGCACAAUGAAUUAAAUUAAUACAUCAUAAAAUUUAAUCCUAAUACUGUUCAUUACGAUAAUGAAAUGAGUUAUAUCAGGCAAAGAACAUACAUACUUAAAAGUGGGACCUUGUAUUCUAACAAUACACAAUGUUUUGGAAAAUGUUCUUUGUUGUGGAGAGAGCUUUUAAUCAAAAUGUAUCUCAUAUUUCUUUAUGGUAACACUUAUCAAAUAAAAUGUAAAUGAAACAUA